AUGGCGAAGUAUCUUUUGAAUUCCAAGUACUCUCACAAGCUUCUUGGGUGUGACAUCAAAGAUGAUGCCAGCUGGAAAGCCGAAGUCCUGGGUUUUUGGGAAAAGUUCCGAGCUGUUGAUGGUGGUCACGCGGUCUUCCUUGACCAUGCAGAUCCUGAGGAGUUGUGUCGCUGCUUGCCAUGCCUCAUGCAUGGAGAUGAGGGUGUAGGGCAUCGGAGAAAACCUGUUCUCCAGUUGCUUUGGGGACCUCUUCUGAGGGUUGGUUUGGGUGCAACUGAUAGGUUGUUCCUUGUCACCACGUGCCCUCACAAGUACUACUCAGGCUACAAUGAAGGCACUGCUGCUGGGAAUCAGGUGAUUGACAGACUUGUGGCUGAAUGCGCCAGGUCAGCCUGCAAGUCUUACUACCAAGGCAUCCCUACGAGGUUUGGCACCUUCAGACUGGUGUUUUUGGGCUUGGCCGGUGACCACCCAUUUCAAACCAAAGUUUGUGGCAGUUUGAGAAGCCAUCUCCGAACUGAGAUUUGCCCUUGGUGUCAUGCCAACACCUCCAACAUUCCAUUUGAAGAUUUUGCGCGGAGUGCUGCUUGGAGAAGAACCGUUUUUCAAUCAGUUCCCUGGAAGUCCAGCUCGCCUUUUGCAAUUCUGCCUGGAGGAAGCCACCCAUCAUUCAUCAAAUGGGAUCUUAUGCACAUGGUGCCCCAUGGCUGUGCGCGCAAUUUUUGCGCAUCUGUGGUAUGCAUGUUGUGUGGGCCUCUGGGAUUGAUUUCGCCCAUGCCGGGACCUGGCCUUAGAAAAGACCGGUGCUUGGAAGCUGCUACCCGUUUGAUGGAUUCUUGGUUGAUUGGCGUUGGCAAGAGCAUGAGGGAUCUGAAAGAGCUCACACCAGAGAACCUCCAAUGGAAGUUGAACCGUGACUUUCCUGACAGCAGUUGCAAGGCCAGCGAUUGCAUUCUGUUGGCACAAUGGCUGCUAGACCUCAUUGGCACCAUGCCAUGGCAGAUGACUGAGCCACUGCAGAUGGCUUAUGAAGGCCUACAGGGCUUGGACAACUUUCAGCGCUUGUGCUACACAGGCGACAGACUGUUCAUGAAUCCAGCAAGGCAAGUUUCUGCCAGGGAUGCGUGCGACACAUUUCUUCAAUCAUACACAGAUUUAGCUGUGUACUGGAACAGCAGAGGUUGGUGCCUUUUUGGAUACACUCCAAAGUACCAUUUCACGGGCCAUUGGGAUGAUGAGUUGUCUGGUGCCAUUGAACGUGGUGAAGCUUGGGCUUGGAAUCCAGGUGCUUUUAGCACACCUAUGAUGGAGGACUUUGUUGGUGUGGCCAGUCGGAUUUCACGUGCGGUUCAUCCAGGAGCUGUGCCAAUCAACACUAUCCGCAAGUAUCUUGUGGAGAUGAGAAGGUUAUGGUGA